AUGAGUGCUGGUCUAGGAUAUGUUCUAAUUGAUGCCUACAAAGCAAAUGCUCUUGACCUGAGCUUAUGUGGUCACUGGAUUACAGCCCAUGGUUUUAACCUCCCUGAGUAUUCACAGAGGAUCUCUCUGAAUGAUGUGACCAUUUCCUACUAUGACAGUAACAUGGAUUCUAAAAUGUCCUGUCCUGACUGGAUCAACAGUCCUGCAGGACAAGAAUGCUGGGAAAUUAUGCAACUCUGGACAGACAACAACAGAGAAGUGUUUUCCCUGGGCUUUCAGUCAGCUGUUCAGCAGUUUAACCUGACAGGCUCUUUGGCUGACUUUAACAUAUAUCAGGCCAGUGGCUGCUGUUCUCUCUCUCCAGAUGGAACCUACAAGUCAUCACUAACACACUCAUUCAAUGGAAAGGACUUCUUAAGUCUUGAUGUUGAGAGGCAAAUGUUUGUUGCUGCUGUUCCUCAAGCAGUUGUUUAUAAGCAUCUAAGAGACAGAGAUACAGUGGAUCUAAAUGAAGUAAUAACUUUCUACAAAACACUGUGUCAGACGCCUUUGCAAGUCUUCAGUAAUGCUCCCAGAGUCCAAAGAAGAAAAGUUCCAGAAGUCAGGAUCUUUGAGAAACAGAAGGCCGGCUCCAUCACAGUCACGUGUCACGUGACAGGGUUUUACCCCAGGGCGGUUCAGGUCGACUGGCUCGACCCAGAUCUGCAGCCUGUGGAUGAAGGGGUCACUGAUGUGCUGCCCAACGAGGACGGCACAUACCAGACCAGAAAGAGUGUGACAGUUCCAGAGGAGGAUGUAGGGAAACACACCUACAGCUGUGUAGUGCUUCAUAGCAGCGUAGAGCACAACAUCACCACAGUCUGGGUUGUGGAGAAACGCAGCAGGUUUGCUGUUUGGUCUCUUGCCUGCAUUUGCUUGUUGAUCAUUGGAUUUGGUUUCUGGAGCUGCUUUAGUGUAAUGAUCCGACGAAUCAAAAAUAAAAAGCUACUGGAGACCCACACAAGCUGACAGAAAAGGGUGGAGUGCAGUCCUCAGUGCAGCACAUGACCCAGUCAACACAGGCGACACUGUCUGAAGGCCACUAGUGAAGUGAGUCAGACUGUUUAAUUCCAAUGCACAUCCUAUUGUAAAUAGUUACAUUCUGUCCUAAAUAUUUAGAUUCUAUCUUUUAAGUCUUACUGAACUUUAUGUUGUCCUUUUUUCCCCUUUAUCUUAUUCACACUUUGUAUUUCUUAUACCUUUUCGUAGCUUCCUGCCUUAAGCAGUUACUGUUGCAUAACAAUAACUCAUGCUUCGCACACUCUUGGCAUUCUCUUGAGCUUCAAGAGGUAGUCACCUGAAAUGGUUUUCACUUCACAGGUGUGCCCUGUCAGGUUUAAUAAGUGGGAUUUCUUGCCUUAUAAAUGGGGUUGGGACCAUCAGUUGUGUUGUGCAGAAGUCAGGUGGAUGCACAGCUGAUAGUCCUACUGAAUAGACUGUUAGAAUUUGUAUUAUGGCAAGAAAAAAGCAGCUAAGUAAAGAAAAACAAGUGGCCAUCAUUACUUUAAGAAAUGAAGGUCAGUCAGUCUGAAAAAUUGGGAAAACUUUGAAAGUGUCCCCAAGUGCAGUCGCAAAAACCAUCAAGCGCUACAAAGAACCUGGCUCACAUGAGGACCGCCCCAGGAAAGGAAGACCAAGAGUCACCUCUGCUGCAGAGGAUAAGUUCAUCCGAGUCACCAGCCUCAGAAAUCGCAGGUUAACAGCAGCUCAGAUUAGAGACCAGGUCAAUGCCACACAGAGUUCUAGCAGCAGACACAUCUCUAGAACAACUUUUAAGAGGAGACUGUGCAUCAGGCCUUCAUGGUAAAAUAGCUGCUAGGAAACCACUGCUAAGGACAGGCAACAGGCAGAAGAGACUUGUUUGGGCUAAAGAACACAAGGAAUGGACAUUAGACGAGUGGAAAUCUGUGCUUUGGUCUGAUGAGUCCAAAUUUGAGAUCUUUGGUUCCAACCACCGUGUCAUUGUGCGACGCAGAAAAGGUGAACGGAUGGACUCUACAUGCCUGGUUCCCACCGUGAAGCAUGGAGGAGGAGGUGUGAUGGUGUGGGGGUGCUUUGCUGGUGACACUGUUGGGGAUUUAUUCAAAAUUGAAGGCAUACUGAACCAGCAUGGCUACCACAGCAUCUUGCAGCGGCAUGGUAUUCCAUCCGGUUGGCGUUUAGUUGGACCAUCAUUUAUUUUUCAACAGGACAAUGACCCCAAACACACCUCCAGGCUGUGUAAGGGCUAUUUGACCAAGAAGGAGAGUGAUGGGGUGCUGCGCCAGAUGACCUGGCCUCCACAGUCACCAGACCUGAACCACAAUCGAGAUGGUUUGGGGUGAGCUGGACCGUAGAGUGAAGGCAAAAGGGCCAACAAGUGCUAAGCAUCUCUGGGAACUCCUUCAAGACUGUUGGAAGACCAUUUCAGGUGACUACCUCUUGAAGCUCAUCAAGAGAAUGCCAAGAGUGUGCGAAGCAGUAAUCAAAGCAAAAGGUGGCUACUUUGAAGAACCUA